AUGAUUUUACUUGAAGUACAUAAUCGUAUAAUUGAAGAAUUAUUAACACUACAAAUCGAAGGAUUUUUACGUAAAGAAAAAUUAGUGGAUCUUAAAACUGAUGUUGUUGAUUUUGAUGGUGCACUUUAUCAUGUAACAAGUUCACGUGAUAAACCAUUUAUUGUUAGCAUUAAAUUAAAAUUUUUUCGUGAUUUAGAACAAUACGGCACAGAUGAAGUUCUACGUCGAGAAUAUGGUGAUCUUCUUGUAGCACCUUUAGAAGGUUAUAAUGUAACAUUAUCAUUAGAUUUUAAUACACAAUUACCUAAAGGUGAUAGUAAUGAUGCAUGGUUACCACUUGUUCGUAAAAUUGCAAUGCUUAAACGAAAUUGUUUUGCGGCUGUUUUUGAAAAAUAUUUUGAUUAUCAAGCAAAACAAGAAUCAACAAGUAUUAGUCAUAAACGAGCUGUUAUACAUUAUCGUGAUGAUGAAACAAUGUAUGUUGAUGCAUCAUCUGAUCGUGUUAUUGUUAUUUUUUCAACUGUAUUUAAAGAUCCAGAUGAUAAUGUUAUUGGUCGUGUUUUUAUGGAAGAAUUUAAAGAACGACGAAGACAAUUUCAACAAGCACCUCAAGUUAUUGUUAGUUAUCGUACACCACCAGAAGAAUUAAAGGAUAUGCAUGAUGCACGUAUAGGUGAUAAUAUUGGUUAUUUAACAUUUGUUCUUUUUCCACGUCAUACAAAAGCAGCAACACGUGACAAUACAAUUAAUCUUAUUCAUACACUUCGCAAUUAUUUUCAUUAUCAUAUUAAAUGUUGUAAAGCAUAUUUACAUGCACAUAUGCGUCAUAAAACAAAUGAAUUUUUAAAACGUCUUCAAUUAGCUCGACCAGAAGUUAAGAAAAGUUUUCGACGUGGUCCCAAUGCAGCUGGUGAUGCACCAGCGGCUAUUAGAACAUUACCGAAUGAUACAACAACAAAUUUACUUUCUACUACUAACAUGACAGUAAAUGGAAAUAAUACAAGAACUGUUAUAGCUAUUAAAAAUCGACUUGAUCAAGGAAAAGAAAUACUACAUGACGCUUUUGCAAAUAUGGAUCGAGGCACAUUAUUACGUGCUACGAUUGUACUUGCUGGUAUUACAUGUCUCAUUUUAAUAUAUAUUGGAAUGAAAACAUUUUUUUUACGUAAAAAACGUCAACCAAAACGAUAUACAUUAAUUACUGAUCCAACUGCAAUGGAAGAACCUCUCUUCGGUGCUCAUGAUGAUGACGAUGAUGAAAUUGAAGAUGAUACAUUAUUUGUACGAAAAUAA